AUGGAUGCUGACCUGGCCAGACACUGGGGGAACCAGAGCGCUGUGACUGAGUUUGUCUUGCUGGGAUACCAUAAGUACCCUGCCCUCCUCUUCUUCACCUUCCUGACUGUCUAUCUGACUAUCCUACUAGGCAACGGUCUGAUCAUGGCAGUGACAACAUGGGACCCUGCCCUUCAAACUCCAAUGUACUUUUUUCUGAGAAGCUUAUCGGGGCUAGAGUUGUGUUACACCUCUGUCACUCUUCCCAAGAUGAUGGCCAGUCUGGCCACUGGGCAGCGCUCCAUUUCCAUUCCAGCCUGCGCCUCACAGAUGUUUUUCCUGCUUUUUCUGGGUGGGACUGAGUGCUUCCUACUGGCAGCCAUGGCCUAUGACCGCUAUCUUGCCAUUUGCCUGCCUCUCCGCUACAUGACAAUCAUGAGCCAUAAAGUCCGGGUGGGGCUGGUGAUUGGCUCAUUUGCCCUCAGUCUCCCAAUGCAACUGGUGCAAAUUGGACUCAUCUUCUCCCUGCCUUUCUGUGGUUCCAAUGAGAUGGACCACUUCUUCUGCGACAUCCCACCAGUACUCAGUCUGGCAUGUGCGGAUCUCUAUGCCAAUGAGUUGACGAGCUAUAUUGAGGAUGUGGUCUUUGUUGUGGGACCAUUUGUAGUCAUCCUGGCUUCCUAUGUGUACAUCACCAGGGCUAUACUGCGCAUGCCAUCAGCCACAGGACGCCAGAAGGCCUUUUCCACCUGUUCAUCUCACGUAACAGUGGUCUGUCUCUUCUAUGGCUCUGCAACACUUGUGUACUUCCUCCCCAAGACCCCUGACUCUGUGAAGAUCGACAAGUUCCUCUCUCUUUUCUACACGGUCAUCAUUCCCCUUUGCAACCCUCUCAUCUACACUCUGAGGAACAGGGAGGUGCAGGCUGCCCUCCAAAGGAUCUUUAACAGCAAGUGGCAGUUCAAAGUAGGCAUGGAGAUCGGCUGA